AUGCCAAAACUGACUAGACAAAAAAGUCAUACACGUCAAUUGAAGUAUAGAAGAUCCAUAGAAAGUAUUAAAUCCAAUGAUACUGAAACAUUUUCAAGUGAAGACGAAAAAGUCCUAUUUCAUCCAGGUGGAGAUAUUGAUGAUAUUAAUUUUUCGAAUGGAUCUGUAUUAAAUGAUAUCAGUGAUCUUUUCACGUUUUUGAACAAAGAUUUUGAUGAAUUCACAAUUGAUGAGAGAGGUGGGAAAAGAGGUGAUUCGCUUUGGGAUUGCUAUCCAGAUUUAGAAUUAGGAGCAAAGCAAUUUGUUUAUCAAGAAUGUUCGAAAACAGAAGCAACAUUUACCGUCGAAACGUUGGCAAGAUUUAUUGACCAACGUUUUUAUGAAUUAAAUAAUCUGAAGAAAACCGAUCAACAAUUAGUAAGAUCAGUUGAAAGUUGUAGAUUAGACUUACGUCGAUUUGGUGUAAAAUUCACAGCAAAUUCAAGCCGACCUUACUUUCUUGGACAUGAACGAGAAGAUGUGGUAAAAAAUCAACAAGAAUUUGUCAAAUACUUUAUUGAGCGUGAGCGACAUUUUUAUACAAUUACAAAUGAUGCUGUGCCACAGUGGAGAAUACCAACAACAGCACCAACAAUUUUGCUUUGUUCUUAUUCGUGUUUAGCUAUUUUUUGUAUUGGCAUACCAAUAAAAGAAGAUAAAAAGUGUAAAAGAGGACCUAAAUUUCAAUUCUAA